CAACAACACGGCAGGAAACUUCGGCAGCAAAAUCCUUUCGGAAACCCCGGAUAAAGAAUCCGGCAGAAUGAGGGAGAAAUGGCAAAUCAAACCUCGCUGAGAGUCUCCUUGAAAGAUUACAGGAUGAAAAAUUAACUUGGCACUGUUGGGGGUGGGAAUGCGGACGGCUGCCCUGGAUGCCCGGUCUUCAGCCUCCGGUCACUUUCCUUCCCCAAAGCCAUUUUAGUCAAAGGUCAUGUGUGAGUCUUGUCAAAGGCCAGCUUCCAAUGGAAUCAUUGUCCCCCGGGACAGCGGCCCCCUGACUACAUCUGCAUUGGAGAAAUCCCAAAAGCAAACGGCCCAGUGCAAACAAGAGCAGCCCGAGGCAGCCGUCCCGGGGCAGAGCUCACAGCAGAGGCCGCGUCCGCAGCGCCCGGGUCGGAGCAGGCGCCCAGACGCCCGCAGCAAUGAGCCGCCGCGCCGAGCGGGAAGGGCCCAGAUCCUGUGAUAUUCUUCUGGAUUAGAAGCAUGCACGUGGGCCGGAUUAAUGACUGGAUGCGUUUACUAAAGAAUAGCUGAUUGACAGAUGGACGUCUUUAGGAUGGUAAUAUCCCUGUUCACUUUUGCUGUUGGGGUCAAUAUCUGCUUAGGAUUCACAGCAAAUCGAAUUAAGAGGGCAGAAGGAUGGGAUGAAGGCCCUCCUACAGUGUUAUCAGACUCCCCCUGGACCAACACCUCUGGAUCUUGCAAGGGCAGAUGCUUUGAACUUCAAGAGGUUGGACCCCCUGAUUGUCGGUGUGACAACCUGUGUAAGAGCUACAGCAGCUGCUGCCAUGACUUUGAUGAGCUUUGUUUGAAGACAGCUGGCGGCUGGGAGUGUACAAAGGACAGAUGCGGAGAAGUAAGAAAUGAAGACAAUGCUUGUCACUGCUCAGAGGACUGCUUGGCCAGGGGAGACUGCUGUACUAAUUACCAAGUGGUUUGCAAAGGAGAGUCACAUUGGGUAGAUGAUGACUGUGAGGAAAUAAAGGCCCCAGAAUGUCCUGCAGGGUUUGUCCGCCCUCCAUUAAUCAUCUUCUCUGUGGAUGGUUUCCGUGCAUCGUACAUGAAGAAAGGCAGCAAGGUCAUGCCUAACAUUGAAAAACUAAGGUCUUGUGGCACUCACUCUCCCUACAUGAGGCCCGUGUACCCGACAAAAACUUUCCCUAACUUAUACACUUUGGCCACUGGCCUAUAUCCAGAAUCACAUGGAAUUGUUGGCAAUUCAAUGUAUGAUCCUGUAUUUGAUGCCACUUUCCAUCUUCGAGGGCGAGAGAAAUUUAAUCAUAGGUGGUGGGGAGGUCAACCGCUAUGGAUUACAGCCACCAAGCAAGGGGUGAAAGCUGGGACCUUCUUCUGGUCUGUGAUGAUCCCUCAUGAGCGGAGGAUAUUAACCAUCCUGCAGUGGCUCACUCUGCCAGACAACGAAAGGCCUUCAGUCUAUGCCUUCUAUUCCGAACAACCUGAUUUCUCUGGACACAAAUAUGGCCCUUUUGGCCCUGAGAUGACAAAUCCUCUGAGGGAUAUUGACAAAACAGUGGGGCAAUUAAUGGAUGGACUGAAACAACUAAAGCUGCAUCGCUGUGUAAAUGUCAUCUUUGUUGGAGACCAUGGAAUGGAAGAUGUCACAUGUGAUAGAACCGAAUUCUUGAGCAAUUACCUAACUAAUGUGGAUGACAUUACUUUAGUGCCAGGAACUCUAGGAAGAAUUCGACCCAAAUUUAGCAAUAAUGCUAAAUAUGACCCUAAAGUCAUUAUUGCUAAUCUCACGUGUAAAAAACCAGAUCAGCACUUUAAGCCUUACAUGAAACAGCACCUUCCCAAACGUUUGCACUAUGCCAACAACAGAAGAAUUGAGGACAUCCAUUUACUGGUGGACCGAAGAUGGCACGUUGCAAGGAAACCUUUGGAUGUUUAUAAGAAACCAUCGGGAAAAUGUUUUUUCCAGGGAGACCAUGGAUUUGAUAACAAGGUCAACAGUAUGCAGACUGUUUUCGUAGGUUAUGGCCCAACAUUUAAGUACAAGACUAAAGUGCCUCCGUUUGAAAACAUUGAACUUUACAAUGUUAUGUGUGAUCUCCUGGGACUGAAACCAGCUCCUAAUAAUGGGACUCAUGGAAGUUUGAACCAUCUCCUGCGUACUAACACUUUCAGACCAACCAUGCCAGAGGAAGUUACCAGACCCAGCUACCCAGGGAUUAUGUACCUUCAGUCUGAUUUUGACCUGGGCUGUACCUGUGAUGAUAAGGUAGAGCCAAAGAACAAAUUGGAUGAACUCAACAAACGCCUUCAUAUAAAAGGGUCUACAGAAGCUGAAACCAGGAAAUUCAGAGGCAGCAAAAAUGAAAUCAAGGAAAACGUUAAUGGAAAUUUUGAAGCUAGAAAAGAGAGACACCUCCUCUAUGGACGGCCUGCAGUGCUUUAUCGGACUAGAUAUGAUAUCUUGUAUCACACUGACUUUGAAAGCAGUUAUAGUGAAAUAUUCCUAAUGCCACUCUGGACAUCGUACACUGUUUCCAAACAGGCUGAGGUCUCUGGCAUCCCUGAACACCUGACCAAUUGCGUCCGGCCUGAUGUCCGUGUUUCUCCGAGUUUCAGUCAGAGCUGUUUGGCCUACAAAAAUGAUAAACAGAUGUCCUAUGGAUUCCUCUUUCCUCCUUAUCUGAGCUCUUUGCCAGAAACUAAAUAUGAUGCAUUCCUUGUAACCAAUAUGGUUCCAAUGUAUCCUGCUUUCAAACGAGUCUGGAAUUAUUUCCAAAGGGUUCUGGUGAAGAAAUAUGCUUCAGAAAGAAAUGGAGUUAAUGUGAUAAGUGGACCAAUUUUUGACUAUGACUACGACGGCUUACGUGACACACAAGACAAAAUCAAACGGUAUGUGGAAGGCAGUUCUAUUCCUGUUCCAACUCACUACUACAGCAUCAUCACCAGCUGCCUGGAUUUCACCCAGCCCGCCGACAAGUGUGACGGCCCCCUCUCUGUCUCCUCAUUCAUCCUUCCUCACAGACCGGACGAUGAUGAAAGCUGCAAUAGCUCAGAGGAUGAGUCCAAAUGGGUAGAAGAGCUUAUAAAGAUGCACACGGCUCGGGUGCGGGACAUCGAACAUCUUACCAGUCUGGAUUUCUUCCGCAAGACCAGCCGCAGCUAUCCAGAAAUUCUGACGCUAAAGACAUACCUGCAUACAUAUGAGAGCGAGAUUUAACCUUCUGAUCCUCUGCGGUGCAGUCUUAUCAACUGGUGUAUAUUUUUAUAUUAUUUUUGUAUUUAUUAAUUUGAAACCAGGACAUUAAAAAAAGUUAGUAUUUUAAUCCUGUACCAAAUCUGACAUAUUACGCCUGAAUGACUCCACUGUUUUCCCCUAACGCUUGAUAUAGGUAGUCUUGUGUUCUGAGUAGAGCUUGUAAUAAUUACUGCAGCUUGCGUUUUUAGUGGAAGCUUCUAAAUGGUGCUGCACGUUUGAUAUUUGCAUUGAGGAAAUAUCAAUUUUUCAAUGCACAGUUGCCACAUUUAGUCCUGUACUGUAUUGAAAUACUGAUUUUGUAAAGUUGCAUUCACUUACUGUUAAUUAUGACAGACAUAUUUAAGCCUUAUAGACCAAUCUUAAAUAUAAUAAAUCACACAUUCAGUUUU